AUGGGCGAAUCAGACGAAGCUGUCUAUCUGUCGAAAAUCGAAGACCUGCUUGGUCGUGUUCUCCACAACUCCACUGUUGCCUGCCACCCGCACCACUUCCCGCUUCAACCCCGUUAUGAAUUGCCGGCGCAAUGGACACCCCAGAGAAACACCCCCAGCACUCCACCAUGGACCCUGAAUCCCCCCGUGUCUCCAAUAUCAGACCCAUCAGCUCCACACGACAAUGCGCACGAUCUCCGGACCUCGAUGCCAAAGCGCAAACCCGUCCCAACACCAAUAACAGCGCCCAGCACCGACUCAACCAAAGAAACAGCAAGCAAACCCAAAUUAGCCGGACUAGGGGCCACCUUCAGCACUCUCUUAGGCUUCAAUUGGUACCACAACGCACCGCAAAGGCAAAAGCGCAAAUAUCUCAUCUUCGCCGCCGUCGCUGGCAUACUUCUCCUCGCACUGAUAAUAGGUCUCGCGGUAGGCCUGACCGUGGGGAAAAACGAAAGAAACUCAAGUUCAAGCUCUAAUCUCGCCCUGCCCACUGCGCACGGUGGCCCGUAUAGCGGCGACCUCACUUAUUACAAUCCAGGCCUUGGAUCGUGCGGGUACACGAAUUCCGAGACCGACUUGAUCUGCGCUGUCUCGCAUGUUCUGUUUGACGCUGCUUCGACGGGGUCGAAUCCGAAUGAGAAUCCGCUUUGUGGGAUGAAGUUGAGGCUCAGGCGUGAUGGGGUUAGUGUUGAUGUUAAGGUCGUUGAUCGGUGUGUUGGGUGUAAGGAGACUGAUUUGGAUGUUACGGAGACUGUGUUUCGGAAGGUUGCCGAUGUUGAUUUGGGGAGGGUUGGUGUGGAGUGGGCGUGGCUUGAGCAGGCGCCUGUUGAAGUUUCGGGUUCUUGA